AUGGGCGAGGAAGUGAAGGAGGGUGGUGCAACUGUGAGAGAUCUCUUGUUGAGAUUCUGCAAAGUGCAGCAGCAACGAGUGACGCAGUAUAACAGGCUGCACGAAGGUUUUAGAAGGUACCUACAGUCUCGGGAAGAGUCACAGUUCAUUCAGUGCCUGAGCGACUCCACAAAGGCCUUUUCGGAAAUCUCUGCUGCUGUCAUCGCCAUUGAAGCCACACUGCGGAAGGAAUCCCAUGCCCACGAUGUUGCAGACAUCCUCAGAAGGGUACAGGAAGGGGAGAGGGACAAACUGCGACUCACAUUGUCACUGCAGGCUCUUAAAAGGGUGCAUGCAUUCAGGGGCUUCAGCUGGCAGAGGGAUAAUGAGGGGAACGAAGUCGAUCAUGAAUGCGGUGUGCAUGGCACAGACAUCACGGAGAGAAUGGGGUCCCUCAAUCUGAUGGGGUCAGUGAGUGUCUCUGGAGUGGGCCCCGGGGGCAACUCGGAGCCCAGCGAGCAGGAGUACAAGAUGGCAGUGGGCGAGGCGACGCAGCAUCUUGAGAAGGCUGUCAUUCGAAUAAACGACGAGUUGGAGGAAAUCCGAUACAUGAUCGCGGACCUUGAGGGGGAGUGA